CUCAACGAGGGGAGAGACCAAGGCCAGGGCCGCGGGUGAAAGUGCAGUAAAGUGUUUCGAGAAUGACAUUGGAGAUACCACAAGAACCACAACCGGUUCCACUUUGGCUGGAUUGCGAUCCCGGGCAUGAUGAUGCGUUUGCUAUUCUUCUAGCCGCCCAUCACCCACAGUUGAAGCUCCUUGGGAUCACGACCGUCCACGGCAACGCGUCCCUUGAGAAUACAACUGCUAAUGCAGGGAGCAUUCUGGAAGCCAUCGGGAGGUCUGACAUCCCUGUCUAUCCCGGCUCAAAGAAACCCUUUUGCAGGCUUCCGGUUCAUGCUCCCAGUAUUCAUGGCUCGUCAGGAAUUGAUGGAACCGACCUCCUUCCCGUGCCGAAAGUUCCGCCAGUGACGGAUGUCAAUCCAAUCCUGGCCAUGCGAAACGCUCUGCUUGCGCAGCCCAAGGAUACCGCGUGGGUUGUUGCUACUGGGGCGCUAACAAACGUCGGGUUGCUCUUUGCUACAUUCCCCGAAGUUGCAGAACACGUUCGAGGAGUAAGCAUCAUGGGAGGAGCGAUUGGCUCAGGAUUCACAGAUGUGCCGAUCAGCAAAAAGCCUGGCGAAGCAACCAGGAUUGGGAAUACUACACCAUAUUCCGAAUUCAACAUCUACACGGAUCCAGAGGCAGCUAAAUCUAUCUUGAUGUCACCAAUUCUAGCACCGAAGACAACUCUAAUUACCCUGGAUCUCACACAUCAAGUCCUCGCGACUCAGGAAAUUCAAUCACUCAUCCUCGCUACCGAGACAAGCGAUAACUCUGAGCCGUCAGUUCUUCGACAAAUUCUUCAUGCACUGCUCACAUUUUUUGCGAGUUCCUAUGAUACGGUGUUUGGCAUUGACUCUGGGCCCCCACUGCAUGACCCUGUCGCGGUUGCGGUCCUUCUUUCAAACCUAAACGAUUCACAGAUGGCUGGCCGCAAAGAUAUAUUGCAGUUCAACGACAAUGACGGAGAGAGAUAUAUCGUCGAUGUCGUCACCAACGGUUCGCAUGGAAAAGACGUUCAGCUGACCGGAGAGGUAGGUCGCACAGUGGCCCAAAAGACGGCUGACUCUCUCGGUGGUGUCACUAUACCAGUUAGCAUGGACGUCAAUAAGUUUUGGGGCAUCAUUUUGGACUGUCUACAAAGAGCGGAGAAGUGCAAGGCGAUGCAGCUUGCUGCAAAUUGUUAGUAGCACCGUGGUCGGAUUAGUUAUGGGAUUUGGACCGAGCCGGGACGAAUGAUGCCGCGAAUAGACUUAGACCUAGGUAUGUGCCCUUUUUAGAUGACGAAUAGACUAAUGAAUCCGGUUGAAGG